ACGGUCUUUUCUCCCCAACUUUUUCAUCCAAGAGGUUUCCUGAAUCACUUGCCGUGGCAACAACAGGUGUACUCUAUAGGAUAUUGCGACUUUCCCACCGUCAUCAAAUCCGCAAGUCCUUCCCCAUCAGCUCACGAACCAAUGGAUAACCUGGAUGCCACUCUGGGGCAUCAUAGUAGCCCGCAAGAUUCCCACACUCCAGUACUCUACCCUACUCCCCAUGCGAUUCCUACCUCCCUCGAGCUACGGGCAGAAGGAUCUACGAACCGUAGCCCACAAGCUCUGCCGUUGGUGCAUUUCUUGCAGAACGUGGACCCCGAAUGGCGCGAUUUGCAGGAGAAUCGCGAAGAGGAACUGGAAACCAUGUUGUAUGGCAGGGUCCAGGAACUCGAAGAGAAGUGGUUUCGACGGUACAGUGAUAGAGUUAAGGAGAGUGAGGAGAAAAGUAUGCAAAUUUUCGACCUUCAGGUUCGGUUUACCAUACUCUGAUGUUUCUGCUUUUGCUGAUUUUUUGAUAGGGUUUAGUUCGGGAUGCAAACGCCAGAUAUCUGAAGUUGUCCGGUUAUCUGAACCUCCGUGGAGCAUUAGGUGAACAUUGGCAAUUCUAAACUAUUGAAGUGUUACUAGUAUCCAGGUGCAGAGCGAAUUGUAGAGCAUGCAAAGGAGCUUAAGAAGCUUCCGGGAAAAUGCCCUUCUGGAACCCAGGCUGCACUAGACAUACUAGCGACCACACAAGCAUUUAAAAAAAUCCUGGAAAUGGAAAUCAAAGGUCGCAAACUGGUCGGGAGAGACGUCAAACGCUGUAUCCCCCUAGUGUACCACGAGUGCUCCAAGCACGCCCACGGAAAUACUGGUAUGAUCACGGUUGACCAUGGCGAUCGUACACGAUCUGAAUGCGCUGUACUAGUGGCGUUUUUGAAGCUCCAGGAUGGCUGGACGGGUGGGUUAAAGUGGAAAGAAGCAGACGGGGACACAGAACCGGGGCACUAA